CUUCAACCUUCACACAUCAAUAUCGCGCGUCUUGUACCUGUGCACCGCAACACAAUCUUUACAUCAUACAUCCCACCUUUUCAUCUCUGGCCAACGUAUACUCAACAACGCUGGACUUCAUCAUUCUAAUAAAUUAAUCCAAUGUUCUCGUGAACAAUUGUUUACUUCACCGCUUCACCUAGCCUAGUCUAAGCAGCUUUGUUUUGAGACUCCUAGAUAUCAUUUGUUAGUUCCAAUAGCAGCUUACAGUAUCCCUCCUAAUUCAACACCCCUCGCCCACAAUGCAGGGCCGCUCCUAUAGGGGCGAAAGGCCAUCGAUGGCUGCUAGUACCCGCUCUGGCAUUGCUGGACGCGUCGGUGUUCGACCACCCUCAAAUAGAACAUCGUCGCUACGGAACCCUGUCCAUAAUCACCACCAUGCUGCUGUCGCCUCAAGGAUCGCAAGAACGGCAGCCCCUUCUCCAGCUGAAUCAAUGUCAUCCAUUACCACCACAGGAACGAAGCGCAAAGAACGCGAUUACGAAAUCGAGACUGGUGGGGAAGAGACGAAUAUCGAUGUUGUUGUUCGCUGUCGCGGACGCAAUGAGCGAGAAGUACGAGAGAACAGUGCCGUGGUCGUUUCUACUGAUGGCGCGAAAGGCAAACUUGUUGAGUUGUCUAUGGGUCCAAGUGCCUUAAGCAAUAAGACCUAUAACUUCGAUCGCGUCUUUUCCCAAGCUGCUGAUCAAAGCAUGCUAUAUGAUGAUGUCGUAAAACCUAUAUUAGAAGAGAUGCUCGGUGGAUACAAUUGUACUAUUUUUGCUUACGGUCAAACCGGUACCGGCAAAACAUACACGAUGUCGGGAGACAUGACCAACACUUUAGGUCUCCUAUCCGACGACGCCGGAAUUAUCCCUCGAGUUCUACAUUCGCUCUUCAAUAAAUUAGACGGGGAGGACACCGAUAGUUUCGUCAAGUGUUCCUUCAUUGAGCUAUAUAACGAAGAGCUUCGAGACCUCAUCUCAGCCGAAGAAAACUCCAAAUUAAAGAUCUUUGACGACACUUCCCGCAAAGGCCACUCAACGACGGUUGUCCAGGGUAUGCAGGAAUCGCACAUCAAGAAUGCCACAGAAGGCAUCAAACUCCUACAGGAUGGUAGCUUGAAACGACAAGUAGCCGCAACGAAAUGCAAUGAUCUAAGUAGUCGAAGUCAUACCGUAUUUACGAUCACGGCAUGUGUCAAGCAAACCGGGGAAGAUGGAGCGGAGUACGUUAGUGCUGGAAAGUUGAACUUGGUAGAUCUUGCUGGAAGCGAAAACAUUCAACGUUCCGGGGCAGAAAACAAGAGAGCAGCGGAAGCCGGCUUAAUCAACAAGAGUUUACUCACCCUAGGGCGAGUCAUCAACGCUCUAGUCGACCGAAGUUCGCAUAUUCCAUACCGAGAAUCCAAGUUGACAAGAUUACUACAAGAUUCACUUGGUGGCCGCACGAAGACAUGCAUCAUCGCUACUAUAUCACCGGCGAAGAGCAAUCUCGAAGAGACCAUAUCGACACUCGACUAUGCUUUCAGAGCAAAGAACAUUCGGAAUAAGCCCCAGGCCAAUCAGAGGAUCAACAAAGAAACUUUGCUUAAAGAAUUCACCCACGAGAUUGAGCGGCUGCGAAGCGAAUUAAUCAUUACGCGUCAACGAAAUGGUGUCUACUUGACGAAUGAAAACUACGAAGAAAUGACCGCCGAGAGCGAGUCCCGCAGAAUCCGCAACGAAGAACAAGCCGCCAAGAUCGAGACUCUUGAAUCCAAUCUUCGAAACAAAGUACAAGAGCUUCUUUCCCUAACCUCAAGCUUCAUGGGCCUGAAAAAAGACCACGAGUCUACUAAGGCGCAACUAGAUGAUACAAAGGGCGUACUUGAUCAGACCGAGCUUGUUCUUGAAGCUACCCGCAAAUCCCUCGCCGAGGAGACUCACCUACGCAAGGCACACCAACAAACCGAGGAGCAGAUGCAGGCAAUUGGCGGUGAGCUUAUCACUACUAUUAAUAAAACUGUCAAGGACGUCGGGGGUCUACACGCGAAGAACAAGAGAAAGUCAGACCUCCAAUUGUUAAAUCGAACCAAUUGGAGAACCGCUCAAGAUCAAGUCUCGGAUGUGACCUCACUCGUAGAAGGUCGCGUUGAGGAAUUUCGAAAUGAGCAACAACAGCACAUGUCGGGCAUUUCGGAGCGAAUGCAUUCAUUUGUGCAGGAAGAGUUACAAAAGCUCUCCUCCACUCAAUCAUUCCUCGAUCAAAAUCUAGAGCUCUUCGCUCAGUCUAAGAGAGAGCUGAUGGAACAGAAACAAAAAUCGAAGGAUGAAAUGGACGACGUGCUCGAGGAGAUCAAGGAAGUCCGGGAUCACAUCAAGGAGAAAGUCGGAGACAGUCUCAAAGCCAUCGCAACAGCAGCCGAGACAAUAUCUCAAGAUGUGCUUAGUGAACUGAGCACCUUCCAUAAUCAACUGCAUACGUCGUACUCAUCCCUCGGAAAGGAUUUCAAAUCGAUUUUUGAAGAGUUGUUAAAGCAUAUCACCUCCCAAAAGAAAGAAUCGGAUAGCCUCCGGGAGCAGCUUCAACGUGCGAAUAACACCAUACUUCAGUCGAACACAUCUAUAUCAGCGCAGUUACAAGAAGUUAUCACCGAAGAACGACGACAAGCAGCCGAGGAACGUCAAAACCUCCUAGCGCAGAUUACUACGCUCAUCAACUCACAGGCCGAACUCCAAGAAUCACGUCUAGCUAAUAAGACAAGUUCUAUUCAUCAGAGCAUGCAAGAGAAUGGCACCGCAUUGGAAGGUAGUAUGGCUCAAUACUCUCAGGGAAUGGACAAUUGGAACGAGAAGGAGACUCGCCUCCUUGAUGAAGUUUCCAACUCGAGGGAAAUAUUGAAGACCAAGUUGAAGGAUGAUUGGACUACCGCGAACAAGCACAGCACCUCCAUUCAAGACACAACCAGAUCAGUACAUGCAAAGACGGUCCAAGUUGUAGAUGAGCAGAUGAAAGAUCUCGAUGAACAGAUGACAUCUCUAGAUGAUUUCGUUAGCCGUGCCCGUUCACAAAAUAGUUUACACCACGACCGUCACGCCAGCUCGGUAAAGAACUUAUCCAGCACAGUUGAAGGUUCAUAUGCGAAUAUUGGCGACCAUUUCAAGGAUACCUACUCCAGAGUCCAGGACCUCAACUCCGAAAUGGAUACCAAUGUUACUGACGCCCAGGAAUCUUUGGAGUCAUUCUCGGAAAUUGUCCGCGAACCUCUCUCCGACCUUCGAGAAGACAUAAACAGCACGGUGUUGCAAGAGUACCAACCAACAGGAGACACGCCACAGAAGAUAACCUAUCGAUAUCCCACAGAACUCCCCCAUACAGAAGCACACGAAGUAUUACUUAGAAAGUUAAAUGGCGAGGUAUCGCCCAGCAAAUCUAAGGUCUUUUCUGACGCGGACCCAAGCUUGUCAGAGAACAGAUCACCAUCCAGGCGGUUUGCCUCCGAAAGUUCGUUCCCCCUUUCCGACCGCGACCAUAAUCCGCUCUCGAUGAGCCUACGUGAGGUUCAUCCGAACCUUAACGCAACAGCCACUCUCAAUUUUGAUCCUCGUGCUAACGCGACGGUUCAUGGGUUUAGUAUGAUGGAUGGGACCGCAAACACAGAUGGAGACUUCACGAUGCCGCUGCUUAAGAAGAGCAGGACGACGCGGGGUUCGAAAGCGGGAAAGAAGGCGGCGGCAGCAGCCGAAGGACGAGAGAACAUACCCCUCCUUUCAUCAGUUGUACCUGGUGGUGGGAGAGAAGUAUUUUCACAAAGCGUCACUAGGAGGAAGAGCCCUAGACUAAACUAAAUUGGCCGAGCUCGCGCUAUAGGAGCAGUAUAGGACAAAGGGGGAUCCCUGUACUGGACCUUUCAAAAUGUCGGAGGUUUGAAUUAAUGGAGUUAAUGGUAACGGUGGAGAUGGAUUGGGCGUUCAAGGUUCAUCUCUUUUCCAAGGACACGGGAGUAGGAGGUUGGGCAUUAUGGCUUUGAUACAUUAUACCUAGAAGUUGAGUUGUUCAUCUGUUUUAAGGCCGUUCGUCAGGCUAGCCAGUAUGCUAGAUACCCCUAAUUGUUUUGAGAGCCGUUGUGUAGUCAAAGCCAAAUUUGCAUGUUUUUAUUGAUGAACCCUCGUAGGUUUAUACACCUGCGUGCCUCCUUCGGAUCUGUCGAUAUAUAUACAUCUCGUUAUCCAACGGCGUUUAUUUAGAUGCUGUAUAGACGUCGGCGAUGGGGCUAAGAGCAUACGUACCUAUGUGAAGUGUUACAGAAUACCCUCUAGCGCACAGCCUCUUUUAAGCAAC